AUGGUCCUGAGCACCAUAUUUAUCCCAUCCUGCCACAAGGGUGGGACAUGCGCUGGACGUGGUGCUCAACGAGCGCCUCCUGCGUCCCCUGUGCUUCCCCCGGCUUUCGUCGACUACCGCACAACACCUCCCUUCGAACCUUUCGAUGAUGAGGGGUUUCUCGAACCCCUCGCCGAGGACAAAGAAGGCGCUGAGAAUGACGAGAUGGAAGACGAUGUCGGGGAAUUCCCGCACCUGCGUGUUCUUGGUGUUAAUGUGCCCACUCCCUCCCCCUUAUCCUCCCUAACCGUGGGCUACGCAGGAAACCUGAAGAAUCCUCCUGCGGAGCUGGUCCUUAAGUGGAUUGCGGCCGCUUGGGCGGCCGUACCUGAGCACAUCAUCAUGGACUGCGGGGACAUGCCAGAGGAGGAAGAGGAGGAGGAGGAGGAGGAGGAGGAGGAGGAGGAGGAGGAGGAGGAGGGGGUGGGGGGGGGGGGGGGAGCACCAAAUGCGCCCGCGCCUACUGCACCUGCCACGCCCCGGUGCCCGCGCCUGCUGUGCGUGAGCCCGCACCUGCCGCGCCCGCGUUGCUGCCGCCUGCGCUUGCUGCGCCUGCACCUGCACCUCCCGCACUCUCGCCUGGGCCCGCUGCUGCCCACGCCCGCACUCGCCGCUAUCGCACUUGCCCCUGCCGCGCCUUGA